UGCAUUUUUAUGCCAGAAUUUUGUCCAAAUAUUUUGAGAUCUCGGUAAAUGUACUGGAUAAACGAGUUAAGUGAGUGAAGAGUGCUGUUUAGAAAGAAAACGGUGCAACGUGUGAAAUUUAGAGCAUCCUCCGGCACGUCACCGCGGGAUCGCCGCCGUCGAGGAGGAAAAGCGCGUCGCCCCCGCUCCCCCUCGCCCCGGCACGGCGUCCCCGCGCUUCAGAACGGCGGUCGCAGCCUCCCUUGCCCCCUCUUUUGGCACUCGACGCGCGCGCCCCGUCGCUGGGUCCGCAGUGGACCUUCGGCUGCCGAUGAGGUUGCGUUUUGUCGGCACGCACUGCGACCCUUCAAGUAGCAGCUGAAACUGAGUGAGUGUGCGUGCGUGGAAGUCCCGGACUGUCGGAGACGGUGUCGUGCUGCUGCUGCUGCACCUGGCGGUGCGUCGUGACGAAGAACAUUCGCGGAUUCGGUUCUGCCGAUCGCUCGGUAUCGUACGCGGCCCGGUCUUUUACGUUUCAAAAAAACAUUUUUUCGACAUCCCCACCUCACCAGCAGUCGUUUAACUUUCUUCUCGUAACUUUUCCUAUUACCGAUGCCGAUCAUCGAGUCGCAACUUGAGUAUACGGAAGUUGGCGCGUCGCUUUUAUCUCAACAAUUUGGGGCCUCUCAGUUAUGUGCCGUUUGAACGGCCAACGGCAGUGCCGGCGUCCAACUGGGCUGCCGCGGACGAAAUCCCGCGGCAAGCACUCCACGUGGUGAUGUCCACAGCUAAACGUCUGGUUCUCAGUUGGAGAGGAAGGAAACAAUCACAGGACAGCUCGGCAGGGCGUUUGGUGGGCGGGACGAGCUGCGGUGGCUCCACAGGCGGUGGUUGUCACGAACUUGAUGAAAUAGCGGUAGUUUCCAGCAACGCUGACCCCUGCCACGUUAAGUAUGGUUCUGGAUCUCAUUUGGAAGGCGCCGCUAACGGACCGAGACUUGUGCCAGGUAUCGUUACAUCCGGUGGCUGUAUGGUGGGCGAGCGGUUGAGAGGUAGUGGCACCGGCCUCAAUUUGGCCUCAGCAACGCCCUCUAUCGCUUCCCGUGGAGCAAGUCACAAGCAAAGCCACGAAAGCGUUCACCGCGUACUAAAAAGCGUGUCGAGGCAGAGCCUUCUAAAUUUGGUCGGGUGUAAACUCGGUAUGUCUAAGCAAUGCAGUCAAUCAGUGCAGAGUAGUUAUCACCAAGAAGGAUUCUUUGCUUCGUCGCGCGAUAGUUUACCAGCGGCGUACGUUAAUCGUGCCGCGAAUGUGAGUUCGGCUAGUGAACUCGAUCUGUCCAGGAAGACUAGAAGAAAAGAUUUGCGUGGUCGCCUAAAAUUGCCAAGCAGUGUGGUCUUAGCCAGUGCGGGGGAGGCACCGCUACUGGGAGCUUGGAGGACAGCCACUGGAUCAACGACUGGCACGAACCCCUCCAAUCACCUUAGUACUAGCAGUUGUAACGGCACUGAAAGUCGCUACGGGUUUCGUCGAGUCGAUUCGUAUUCGUCACGACUUCGUGCAGGUUCUAACUGGUCAUUCGUGUUCGACCCCGCGGGGCGCCUCUGCUAUUAUUGGUCCAUGAUAGUUUCCUUAGCGUUCCUUUAUAAUUUUUGGGUCAUAAUUUACCGCUUUGCCUUCAGAGAAAUUGACGCGAACACGAUCUUGGUGUGGUUCUGCCUGGACUACUUCGCGGAUUUCCUGUACCUGAUGGAUAUAUUGGUCCACUUCCGCACCGGUUAUCUGGAAGAUGGGGUUUUGCAGACCGACGCAGUCAAGCUGCGUCAGCACUACAUGAACUCCACAACCUUCUAUAUAGACUGCCUCUGCUUGCUCCCGUUAGACUUUCUUUACUUGUCUAUCGGUUUUAACUCCAUAUUGAGAUCGUUUAGGCUAGUGAAAAUCUACCGGUUUUGGGCGUUCAUGGACCGCACCGAACGGCACACGAACUAUCCGAAUUUCGUGCGCUCGUCGAGCCUCAUCCAUUACCUGUUAGUGAUUUUCCAUUGGAACGGGUGUGUCUUCCAUUUAGUGCUCAAAAACGAUGGUUUCGGGAGUAAAAACUGGGUUUAUAGUGAUUCCGCGGCCGAAGGUACUGACCACGUUAAGGCUUACCUUCAGAGUUACUAUUGGUGUACUCUCGCGUUAACGACUAUAGGCGAUUUACCCAGACCUAGGAAUAAACCGGAAUACCUUUUCGUCAUAUUUCAGUUACUUUUUGGACUCCUACUCUUUGCCACUGUACUCGGACACGUUGCCAACAUCGUGACGUCAGUGUCGUCGGCGAGAAAAGAAUUUCAGGAAAACUCGAAGAUAUCAAAAUUAGACGGCGUGAAAACCUAUAUGCGCAUGCGGAGGGUACCGACGCAUCUUCAAAUCAAGGUCAUCAAGUGGUUCGAUUACUUGUGGCUGACUCAAAAAUGUUCGGACGAGGAGCGAGCUGUUUCCUGUUUACCCGAUAAACUCAAAGCCGAGAUAGCAAUUAACGUUCACUUGGACACUCUGAAAAGAGUAGAGAUAUUCCAGAACACCGAAGCUGGAUUCUUGUGCGAACUAGUACUACGACUUAGGCCCGUACUGUUUUCGCCCGGUGAUUAUAUUUGUAGAAAGGGGGAAGUGGGAAAAGAAAUGUACAUCGUAAACCGGGGACGGCUUCAGGUUGUAGCCGAUAACGGGCGAACCGUAUUGGCAACACUGAAAGCUGGCAGCUAUUUUGGCGAAAUAUCGAUACUCAACAUGGGUACGGCAGGUAAACACCUGGGAAACCGAAGAACUGCUAGUGUUCGCUCCGUAGGAUAUAGCGACUUGUUCGUGCUGAGUAAGAAAGAUAUGUGGGACGUACUUAAAGAGUAUCCGGCUGCCAGAGUGCGACUGGAAGCUAUAGCUGUGAAGAGGUUGGAGAAAUAUAAAAGGGCGCCUCUAGAGAAAGCUGCAAUGGGAAGAAGUCACUCGACGCCCGGUUUGGUCGAGUCUCGGGGUAAAAUUACGUUAGAAGAUAUGUGGGUCCCUCCAGUUCCCUUUGGAAUUCAUACUCCGCUAUAUCCCAGGUCAGCGACGGCAACGCCACCUCUGGUUAAGAUUCCCAUGCCGCCGGAUAGUCCUGCGGGUUCCACCAGUAGCGAUAGGAGCAGACACCACCACGCACGAUCUGGUACGCUGCAUUGUGGGGACAGUAUGACCCAGUUGGUAUCUGGAGUAGCCACACCUUUGCUAGGAUCCCAUGAAGCAUUGGAAAGUGAAAUUAAACGACUGAGGGAACGUCUCCAGACCGUGGAAAGCGAAAACGCUGCGAUGAGUAUAAAGCUCAAUCAGCAACAGUGGGAACUAGAGCACAGAUUGGCCGAAAUCGAAAUGCAAAUAUGUGGUUCGCGUUCAACCAGCUCGCUAGAGCAAGAGGAAAACGAAAGGAAUAGAGAGAGCAUCAUUUAACGGCUGGAUGCGCUGCCUCUCGCGUUGCGCACGCACCAAACCCUUAUGGUGCAGUUCAUCGCGUGACGGCCCAAGCGCGAACAAAUCAUGAACAACUCUAGUGAAUUUUUGUGAAGACAUUUUCUUAUCUCGUCGUGUAAGCUGCACUUUAACAAUUGACUGCCAACAAUUACAUGAAUGAACAUUGAAAUACUAUUUUAAUAAUUGCAUUAAUAAAGUGAAGCUUUUGUAUUUCUACUUCGAACGGCGCGGGAUGUUGUGCGAACAGAGAACUGACAUCGUAGAAAUAAUCGGUUUGUUCAUUUCGAUAUUUAUUUAAGAGAAAAAUAUUGUAAAAAAUGAAAAUACCACUUGUUCGUUACCAAGUUCAACAUGUUUUUGCUCUAAGCGAUGUUUGAGGACUUAAGAGAUGUUGCUUUUGGUUAUUUUUUUGCAAUAGUUCCAAAUCUCCCGAAACAUCUACCCAGGUAGCAACGGCACAUAAGUGAAAAAUUCUUAUCAAAUGAAUACGAAAAAGACAAAAGCAUUAUGAGUUAUUAUUGGUAUUCAGAAAUUGAUAUUCAAGUUAACCCAAAAUUUGAAUUCUUGAUGUUAUCCAUCGCCAUCGGCUAGAGAUGUAUUUAUUUUUGUGCCUAGUUUGGCUAGUCAAGAUAGCAACUCAUAUUUAAUAUUUUUGAAACAAAUUAGAUUGGUAUAGACAAUUUUGAAUAAUUUCCAAAUAAUGAAGUAUCUAGAAAACAGUCGUUGAUUGUUUUUUAGUUAUUAAAAUAAGAAAUAUUUUAUCUAAGUUGUCGCAAUAAAUUGUAUUAGAAAAAGCAAAAAGUGCUAAAAGUACCAAAUUCUGAUACCUACACUAGUUAUUGUUUUCAAAUAAAAUUUUAGACUGUGAAAUUUCUGCACCGCUAUGAGAAAUUCCUUCACAUUUGUAGCUAGCGAGGUGUUCAUCCCUCAACAUAAAACCUCGUGGACUAUCCCUCCCUUAACUCCUCAAGCUUUCAUCACUAAAUAGAUGUCUGCACAGCUGAAAUUUUAAUUAGUUGUUUUUUUCAAUAAAACCUGCGGAGGCUGCACUUUCAGACAACGGUCAGCAGAAGUGAGGUAAUACCCUGAAGUUGGACCAUUUUUGCUAGCACGGAACAUAAAUUUUCUUAUGAAAAUCGAACUGUCAUUACUGCUACUAUUACUUUUUGUCGACGCUGCCUGGGGAUAAAAUGUUUGACUGUAAUAUAGGCAUUAUUUUAUCAAGAAUUUGUGCACAAUUACUUUUCCCUUAUCACCGUAAAUAUUGAAUUUUCUUAAGUCCGCAGUUAUGUAUACAAUAGGUGCUAUUUGUUUUUGAUAUGUCCUCGAUAAUGGGCAAUUUUUAUUUGCAACAUGAUACAUGUACAUGAUGUUGUGUAGUUCGAUGAUGCGCGGUAUUGUAAAUAAUGAAAAAAAAAUCAUGUUAAACCAUAUGUGAAAAAAACCUUUUCCAACAAAAUCCUAUAAAAAACAAUCCCGCGUUGGCCUAAAUUCAGUAUUAUUCUCAGUAAUUUUUAACUUUAUGCAACCCGCCUUCCAAUUUACUGAAAAAAGUUUUCUACGUUUAUGUAGUUAUCCAUGAUUUACUUUCAGAAAUUAUGAAACCCUAUUAGAUAAUACAAAUAAUAUGGAAGACAUCAUGAACUUCAUCAUUUUCGCCCGUGCACCGUUUUAGUCAUUUGUGAACGUAACUAAUAAUUUUACAAUUAUUAUUGUGGUUUUAUACAUGGUGGAUGAAUCAAGAAUCCGAAAAAAGGCUGUACCUGAAAACGCAAUCUGCAUUUCUUCUGAAAAAACUAACCAAAACUUAUUUGCUUAAAGGUCACUCCCACAACAUAUUCUAGGAAGCUGAUAAAAAGCUGAAAAGUAUUAAGCACUUCCGAUGGACGUUUUUGGCUCACAUUUUGACAGAAUGCAAGUUUUCCAUGUCAAAUUUUCCAGGUUCUCUUAUGUUUGGUUAAAUUUCACAUAUUUAUGACACCUUCUCGUAUUUUAGCAGUAGAUCUUGGAGAACACACUUCUUAUGAAAUGGCGUUAAAUUAAUAAUAAAAUAAUAGGAAAUCAGGAAUUUAAAAAACUGGGAUAUGUUGCACUUAAACGAUGGCAGAAUAAAAAAAUAUUAAAAAUGGACAAAUUUACUGCGUUUUCAAGGGGGGAUUGCUUGGACGGUCAAAAGAUCAUUCGAUCUUCUUACCUCGAAUUUUUAGUAACCUUAUCAUCGGUAAACCAUUAAUAAAAAAUAAGUUCGAUGCGCAAUUUGCAGGGCGAUUUAUUAGUUGUCGGAGUUUACGAAAAAUCCUGUAUUGAGACGUCGUCUAAGAAAAAUUGAUAGAAAAAUUUGUGAAGUUGCUAUUGCCACGCCUAAGGUCAUUCUUUGGUCAUCAAGGUAACUAUUCUCAGGAGGGUUUUUUCUUAUCGGUUUAUCUGUGAAAGCACUUUACCUACAGAAGGGAUUGAAAUUGCAUUGUAUUGCAUUUAUAUUUAUUAUGUCAUAAUGUCCACAUUUUUUUCCCGAAUUCUUACAAUUUGUUCCUCCUACCUUGGCUCCCUUAAUGAAUUUUGAAUGUUCCCUCUAGCAGUCCACUAUAUCUUGGUUCAGAAACCUCCUCCCUUUGUUGGUUCCCACCCUGUAUAAGCGACAAUAUUUAAUUAGUUGCCACGGCAAUGUGCUAUAUCAAAUAUUUAACAUGUCUUAUACUAAAACGGCGCAUGCGUGGGACCAAGUGUGCCAAGUAUUAAACGAGAGGGUUGAGUCAAAAAAUUGAUACUACUUACUCGCUCUUCGUUUUAGUUAAUAGAACAAUCUAAUUUUUACUGCAACUAAUUUACUGUAAAUUUUUCACGACCAAUUACAACAGACGAAUACUUAUGUUUAAAAGAAGCAAAAUCUAUUUAUCAGAAUUAUCUCCCAAAAAUAUCGCACCUAAAGCAACGCUCUAAAAUUUUAUUUCAACUUUUCAUAUUCUUUAGAUCCUUUUAAAACUCCAUUUUUGCUACCCGUAGAAAUACCUACGUAACGUAUACCUGAUCCCUAACCAAUACCGCCUAACCAAAGAAGAAUUUUAAUACUAAAUACGUUUCACAAAAUGUUGCUUUGCGUGAGGUAACUGUUCCCUUCAGGCUUCGUUACUCAUAAAAUAAUAAUUUUGAUCUAGUCCAAAAGAAACAAUUAGAUUUGUCCUACAACACAAUUUGUGUCACAUAAAACGUCAUACUGCCACAUAAUUCCCAAACCUGAAAUUACUAAUUAUAAACAUAAGCAUUUGUACCACCGUCGGUAUUAAAGUUGCCAAACUCAUUUAUGUCGCCACAUUUAGGUAUAAAUUACUUUGAAUAGUAAGUGUAAAUUGGUCGCAUUUUAGCUCAAACUUAGCUCAAAAAUUAGCAACGAGCUUUUAUCAGCUCUAGUCAUAUUCAUUGCCCAACAUUUUCCCCGACUGCUUCUAACUAUAAACAAUUUCAAUGUAAGUCAGAUUGUUUGAAAAAGGGCCAAUCUGUACUAAAGCAAGAGCCCAGAGAUCAUCGAAAAUGUUAUCUCAUUCUAUUGCAAAUUCGCGGUUUUGCCUAAACAAACAUAGCGAUGUUAGUUACACUUUAAACCCUUAACCAGUGAGACCAAGUAAUUUAAGACAUACAAGAACUAAUGUAUGUAUUGCUUAACAUAUUUGAAAUAUCGUAUUCAGGUAAGGUUUGUACAUUUUUUUUGUUAUUUUCUAAGAGUAUUUUUUAGUGGAUAAUCGAUUGAUAUAUAUGGAAAAAAAAAUUUGCCAAUAUAAAAUAUAUUAACUAUUUGUUGCUAUGUUGUUGACAGGUAUCAAUAAAUUGUUUUUAUUUAAUGAGCCUAUAAAUUGCCAGAAUUAUUAAUCCAUGUUAGUUUUACACAUUUACUUUCCCGGCUGGAUGUUCAGGAAAGUUUUGUAGGUCUGGUAGUAUAUAAAUCCUCAAUAUUGAACAUUGUUCCCAAUUUUUAGGCUCAAAGUGUAUAUAGGUGUAACAAAUUAUUUUUAGCAUUAAAAAGAAUCUUAUGAUAAUAUAAUGAAGGCGGUCAAUACUAGUAAUUCGACUUUCAGUUUUGUAACAUUUAAAUGACGAAAGUUUGAAACGCUAGUUUUGGUCAAUAUCUUUACUGGUUGACCUUCAAAUAAACAAAAUAUUGAUACUUUUGCUUGGUUUAUGUCAAAACAAUUUCGAAUAUUCUAACAUUCUGCACAUUUCGUGUUAAACAAUAUGCAAUCCGACAUAAAAAAAAAACAAAAACUGGAAAUGUCCAAAUGCCACUUUUCUUUAAUAGGAGUCGGUUUCCUAUUUUUUGCGUCAUUAUUAUUAUAUCCAUAGUUAUUCAAAUACAAUUCCCAAUAAAAAUAA